AUGCUCCCCAACUCUCGAUCAUCUACGACGCCCCUCAAGCGCUGCAUCCGCCCUGUCGUAGACAAGAAGCUCGAUAGCCAAGUUGUAUCGCAGAACCCCGAUGCCUUGAUCAAGAGCGGCCAGAUCGUUCAACUUGACCAGGCUUGUGAAGGAUGGACCGAAUCGACUUGCGAACCAGUCACUCUCAAGGUACCUCCACCGUACCCUCAGCAGGACUACUCUGGAUUCUUGUUUGGUGUUGCCACAAGUCUUGAUCGAUUGAACGAAUCCAUGUCGCAAUUCGAGAGUUGGCUCGGGAAUACACACGCGCAAUUACUUGCCGUUAUCACCGAUCCCGGCGACGAGUCCAAGUACAAACAAGUCACUGAGCAGUUCCGUCAGCGCGGGAUUGAACUCAGCAUCAAGGAUCCCUGGAACAAGGCCAUCACCUCCAACGAGCAGCACUUUGCAAUCGUCCGCGAUCUUCUUGCGCAUGUUACCCCAAAGACGCAGUGGACUGCCAUUGUCGACGAUGAUACCUUCUUUCCUUCCCUUUAUCCUAUGAGCAAGAUUCUCGGCAAAUACGACCACAAGCUUCCAGCAUACGUGGGUGGGUUGUCGGAGAACUACGAUGCAGUCAAGCACCAUGGCUACAUGGGUUUUGGAGGAGCAGGAAUCUUCCUCAGCCCAGCCCUUCUUCGCGAGCUUGACCCUCAUCUGGAGGAAUGCCUCAAAGUUGAUCAUGUGCCUCAAGGCGAUGGUCUUCUCAAGCAAUGCAUCUACAGCAAGACCAAGACAAAGCUCACUGUUGUAAAAGGGCUUCACCAGUUGGAUAUGGGUGGAGACAUGAGCGGUUUCUAUGAGUCCGGACGUCUGCCAAUGACUUUGCAUCACUGGAAGUCGUGGCACCAGGCCCCUGUUGACAAGAUGGUCAAGAUCUCCGAGUUUUGUGGAAGUUGUUUCCUGCAACGCUUCGCUUUUGGCUCCGACACUGUCUUGACAAACGGAUACAGCAUAGUCCAAUACUCUGCAGGCUUGGAGAGCGUGGACUUGAACAAGAUGGAAGGAAGCUGGGAGGGCGCUGAAGGUUUCGACUGGAGUCUGAGCCCAAUGAGAUCGAAGAUGGAUCGACGCUUGAAGAAGAGCUAUCAUCUAGUCGAUACCGAAGUGGUUGGCAAGAACAUCCGACAAAUUUACAUUCACCGUCUCGAGGAUGAUAUCCCCGGCCCGGACGAGAAAUCCAAAGGCCCCAAGAAGACGCCACCCAAGAUCGAAGAGAUGAAGGAUGAAGUGAUAGAACUGUUGUGGGAAUUAUGA